AUGGUGAUGUUUAUGUUUAGCCUGGGGUUUUUUGUCACGAUCAUCAGCAUCCUACGCCUGAAAUCGCUCGUCGCACUGGCGAAUACACAAAAUCCAACCUGGGACUAUGUCUGGAUCGCAUUCUGGACCUGCCUCGAAAUCGAAGUGGGCAUCAUCUGCGCAUGUCUCCCCGCCAUCCGAUCACUGUUGAUCCGCAUGAUGCCCGACCUCUUCCGGAGCAGUCUCUCGGGCAGCUCGAAGACACCGCAGAUCUAUUAUAGCAGCAAUCCUCGCGGUCCUGGCAAUACCCGUCGGACUAGCUAUACUCAGCACGGACGGACCGGGUCGAGAUUGGACGGGAUGAUGUCCCAGCGGCCCAAGGUGGACAGUUCUUCGGACUUUAUACCGCUGGUGGAUUUGGAGAAUGUGCGGACGGGCGAGUUUUCGAGGACGUAG